UUACAAAAAUAGUUGCACAAAUUUGCAGCUGCAGACAAUCCGUCGUUUCAUCGGAACAAAUUUUGGUUGCAUCUCUGCGUGUGGCAUCUCUCGUUCCCCAGUCACGAUGGCGAAGGCUUCAUCCUCCUUUUUCCAAACCCUAAAGCGGUAUAUCAAGAAGCCCUGGGAGAUCACCGGCCCCUGUGCGGAUCCAGAGUACAGAUUGGCCGUGCCGAGCGCCAUAGAGUACAGGGUCUUUUGCCCCGCCACUACAAAGCAGAAGGCCAUCGUUCCUACCUCGAAUCCAGAAACUGUCUUCGACAUCAAGUAUUUCAGCCGCGACCAGCGUCGCAAUCUCCCUCCAAUUAGACGCACCAUCCUCAAGAAAUCUGACGUCGAGAAGAUCAUGAUGGAGACCAAUUUCGAACCCGCUGAUUUCCCCAAAGUUUAUCUUACGGCCACGAUCGAGGAGGAUAUCAAUACCCAUGGAGGAGGUUAUCAGAAGUAGUGAGGUCCGUUGAGCUCUGGCAAACGGUCACUCCGGCAUGUAUUCUUCUACUCUGCCUCUCUUUCAAUGGUACCCUGAGAGUGGUUUAUUUAGGUAUAGUUUGUAUGCCUUGACCAUACAUUAAUACAAAACAUGGGGUUUGGCAUCAAUAAAGCAUAGCUCCUCGAACUCUAUUCAAUUUGUUGCUUCUUUAAUGUUAUGUGCUCGUACUACAACCAUAUGCAACACUUUUGCACGAGGAAGCACUUCUAUUACUCCUGAAUUUUAGGAUAUUUUGCUUGUUUUAUCCUAAGCAUUAUGUUUUUUUUUUGUCUUUGACUGCAACUAAAACAAAGCCCGGGAUCUUAAUCCCAUGGACAUAUGAAUAAAGAACUGAAGUUUCCCUUA